AUGUAAUAUAUAAAAUAGUUUAAAGAAUUAAUUGGAUGCUAUUUUAAGAAGAAGUGGCAAAUAAUAUUUAUUGAAGAAAAAGUGGAAAUUAUGCAAUUUGACAGAAAUGUGUAAAUCAUCCAAUUUAGAUUUUAAAAAAGAAUCAACAAGGAAACACAAACUGUUGACAAAUAGAAAGAAGAAAAGGGCCAUUCUUAAGAAAAUAAUAAGAAAAAUAAAAAAAGUAAAUUGCAAGAACCAUCAACAAUGGAUUUCCUGAUAUGACAAGCAUAUAAAUUUAUGUAGAUAAUAUAAAGCAGGCAUUUUACUU